UCGUCGUCGUGGCCACACAAAUGUUCAACAACGAUGGCCACAUUGGGCCUGUCAAAAGUCUUUAUACUGGAUAAAUACUUCACCGAAUUGCAAAAAUUUUGGGAGACGGAGAAGAAGCUGCAGGAUGCAUCUUCAUCCAAUGAGGCUGUUCACCUGCAGCAGCGGCUCAAAAGCCUGAGCACCGAGUUGGUUACCCUGCGAAAUCGCCUGCAUGUGGGCCAAGGACCGGGUCAGAAUCCCAGCCAGAAUGCCUCCGCAGGAGGGGCCAACUCGGGUCCCAAGGCCAGCUUUGACCUGAAUGCCUCCAGUCCGAAUCUCAACCUGAGUCUCUCCGCCAGCGCCGUGCAACAGCACACCAAUGGGCACCACACGAAGAAUCACAACUUCAGCCAGACGCUGCCAACAAACUCGGGCUCAGGAGGAGGAGGAGCAGGAGGAACAGGAGGAGCAGGGGCAGUGGUGUCGGCGAGGAACACCUCGAUUCCACACCCACUUCCGCACCAGCUGGGCGAGAAGACGAGCCUGUCGCACCAUCAAAGUGGCAGCGGACAUGGCCAGUCCACUGGGACGCUGCCGCACAUGAGCAGCAUGGGAAGCAUCCUGGGGCACGGUUCCCACUCCCACUCCCAACCACCGGCCAACAGCAACUCCAAUACGCUGCCCAUGCGCUCCUCCAACUCGGGACAGCUUGGUACCAACGGAGGAGGAGGAGCUGGAGGAGGAGGAGGAGGCGCUGGUCACCAUCUCAGCCACGCCCACAGCCAACAAUUGCCAUUCAUCCCGCUGCCGAAGCACGCGAAUCCCUGCCAGAGUGUCAAGACUCUGCCCUUUGGCUUCGGAUUUGCCGGAGGUCAGCAGAAGCUGCAGCAGCAGCAGCAGCACCAUCAGCAGCAGCAGCUGGCCAAAUCCCUGCCCAAGGACAUGCAGGACCUGAUCCACCUGUCCGGACCCCUCACCGAACAUGCCGUGAUGCGAACGCUGCAGGCCCGCUUCAACGAGCAGCGGUACUUUACGAAUGUGGGUCCCAUCUUGCUGUCCAUCAAUCCGUACCUGGACGUGGGCAACCCGCUGACCCUCACCUCCACCCGCGCUCUGCCGCUGGCCCCGCAGCUGCAGAAGAUCGUCCAGGAGGCAGUGCGUCAGCAGAGCGAGACGGGCUAUCCGCAGGCCAUCAUCCUGUCGGGCACCUCGGGAGCCGGCAAGACGGCCAAUGCCAUGCUGAUGCUUCGCCAGCUGUUCGCCAUCGCUGGCGGAGGUCCUGAGACGGAUGCCUUCAAGCAUUUGGCCGCCGCCUUCACGGUCCUCCGAUCAUUGGGCUCGGCCAAGACCACCACCAACUCGGAGUCCAGUCGCAUCGGGCAGUUCAUCGAGGUGCAGGUCACGGACGGAGCCCUAUACCGCACCAAGAUCCACUGCUACUUCCUGGACCAGACGCGCGUCAUCCGUCCGCUGCCGAAGGAGAAGAACUACCACAUCUUCUACCAACUGCUGGCCGGUCUCAGCCGAGAGGAGCGCCAGAAGCUCCAUCUCGAUGGCUACUCACCGGCCAAUCUGCGUUACCUGCGAGGGGAUUUAGGUCAAAACGAACAGGAGGAUGCGGUGCGCUUCCAGGCCUGGAAAACCUGUCUCGGCAUCCUGGGCAUCCCCUUUCUGGACGUGGUCCGUGUCCUGGCCGCCGUUCUGCUGCUGGGCAAUGUGCAGUUCAUUGAUGGUGGGGGCCUCGAGGUGGACGUGAAUGGGGAGACGGAGCUGAACUCGGUGGCCAGCCUGCUGGGCGUUCCGCCGGCGGCGCUUUUCCGCGGCCUGACCACCCGGACGCACAACGUCCGUGGCCAGCUGGUGAAGUCGGUGUGCGGCGAUGGCGAUGCCAACAUGACGCGCGACUGCCUGGCCAAAGCGCUCUACUGCCGCACAGUGGCCACCAUAGUGCGUCGGGCCAACAGCCUGAAGCGCCUGGGCUCCACGCUGGGAACCCUGAGCUCGGACUCCAAUGAAUCGGUGCACAACCAGGCGGAUGCCGCCUCCCAGCACGCCUCCACAAUUGGCGGUGGCAAUGCGGGCUCCAAAUCGAUGGCUGCCCUGAAUAAUGCAGUGCGACAUGCCACCGAUGGGUUCAUCGGCAUCCUGGACAUGUUCGGCUUCGAGGAGCCCUCGCCGCACGCCCACCUGGAGCACCUGUGCAUCAAUCUGUGCGCCGAGACGAUGCAGCACUUCUACAACACGCACAUCUUCAAGUCCUCGGUGGAGUCCUGCCGCGACGAGGGCAUCGUCUGCGACACCGAGGUUGACUACGUGGACAAUGUGCCCUGCAUCGAUCUGAUAUCCUCGCUGCGCACGGGCCUCCUCAGCAUGCUGGACGCGGAGUGCUCGGUGCGGGGCACCGCGGAGAGCUAUGUGGCCAAGCUGAAGGUGCAGCACCGGUGCUCCAGCCGCCUGGAGACGAAACCCACCGCCGAGCCGCACGAUCCGCGCAUGUUCCUCAUCCGUCACUUUGCCGGACGGGUGGAGUACGACACCACCGACUUCCUGGACACCAAUCGGGAUGUGGUUCCGGACGAUCUGGUGGCCGUCUUCUACAAGCACACCUGCAACUUUGGCUUCGCCACCCAUCUCUUUGGCUCCGAACUGAAGGCCCUGUAUGCCCAGCAGCAGGCGCCGCGGGGCCUCAGCUUCCGGAUUUCGCCCACCUCUCACUCGGAUCUGCUGAAUGGCGAUGAGCCGGUGUCCACGCUCACCCAGGACUUCCACACCAGGCUGGAUAAUCUUCUAAGGACCCUCGUGCAUGCCAGGCCGCAUUUCGUGCGCUGCAUUCGGAGCAAUGGCAACGAGGCGGCUGGGAGCUUCGAUCGGGCCACGGUGGUCCGGCAGAUCAGAUCCCUGCAGGUCCUGGAGACGGUCAACCUGAUGGCCAGUGGAUUUCCGCAUCGCAUGAGAUUCAAGCAGUUCAACGCCCGCUACCGCAUGUUGGCCCCCUUCCGCCUGCUGCGGCGCAGCGAGGACAAGGCUCUGGAGGACUGCCAGCUGAUCCUGCAGUACGCCCUGGAGCAGCCGCCGGUGCUGGAUGGCUCUGUGACCCUGGCCUGGGCUCCCGGCAAGCGGCACGUCUUCCUCAGCGAGGGCAUCCGCCAGCAUCUGGAGCACUUGCGGACGGAGAUUCGCCACAAGAGCGCCACUUUGAUGCAGGCCACCUGGCGUGGAUGGUGGUGGCGCAAGAAGGUGGGCAGUAGGGGAGCCAAGCUUUCAUCGAGGGCCACGGGUGUAGCUCCUCUGCCGGUGAGCAAGACGUCGCAGAACUCUGCGGCGCAGAACAAGGCCGCAUCCUCCACCAUGGCUGCCCUGGCUGCAGUGGCAGCUGCAGCUCCAAGUACGGUGCCACGUCUUUCGGCCAAGUCCACGAACCUGGGCAUCGGCGGCACAGUGGCCAGACCACGACCACAACCCAUUGCCGGAACUCCUCCGCCGGAUCCGCAGGAGAAGUGCGACCAGAAGAUCAUACAGCAGACCUGUAAUCUGUUUGGUCUGGAUUUGGAACGUCCACCUCCUGUCCCACCAUCUCGAGCCUACACCAUCUCCGGAAACUCGAAGCUGGGCUAUCCACAGAAUCGCGUGAUGAAGAUGAACUUUCCCGAGGAGGGUCAGGCGGAGGCGCUGCAGCUGAAGAAGGGCGAGGCGGUGACCGUGAUGGGGGCCUCCACCGGUCGGGGUCACCUCCUGGUGGAGCACAAGGGCCAGAGCUUCCAUGUGCCCUUUCAGUAUAUGGAACUGAUUGCUUCUGAUGGUGCUGCCGGAAGCAACCUGCCACCGAUUCCAGCUGGCCAACCCAAUGGUGUGAAAAUUUGA